AUGGGGACAUCAUGGCAUAAUGUGAAUGGGAAGAUUUGGAUUUUUGUGGAUGCAGAAAUUCAAGUAGAAAUAAUGAGAGAUACAGAACAACUGUUAUCCUGUAGAUUCACUCAUUUGGGUGAUGGGCAAGAGUUGGCGCUUACAGUUGUUUAUGCGAGUACUGAUAGAAGUGGGAGAAUAGCUCUAUGGGAGGAUUUAUAUGACAUGUCUUCACACAUCACCAUCCCAUGGCUUGUGGGUGGGGAUUUUAAUGUCAUUACAGAUGACAUUGAGAAAUUUGGGGGUCUUCCUGUACAGUUUGCAGAAACAGAGGAUUUUAGACAAUGUAUAGACAUUUGCCAACUGAUGGAUCUUGGUUUUACUGGAAGUAUGUUCACAUGGUGGAAUGGGAGAUCUGAUGAGGCUUGUAUAUUUAAAAGACUGGACAGAUGUUUGGGAAAUCAGGCUCUGCAGAAUUGUUUUCCUAAUUUGGAGGUAGAGCAUCUCAUUAAACAAGGUUCUAACCACUCCCCUUUGCUGGUAAAUAUGAGAGCAGAUAGUAGACCAAUUAGGAAAUCUUUCAGGUUUCUUAAUUUUUGGGUGGAGCAUGAAUCUUUUCUAGAUGUAAUCAAAGAAAAUUGGGUGGAAUCUUAUGGCUCAGACCCCUUCUUUAACUUUCAUAAUAAGUUAAAAAAGGUGGGAAGAGCUCUCUCUAAGUGGAGUAGGGACACUUAUGGUGAUAUCUUCAAGCAAAUUGCAACUCUGGAGGAAGUGGUGCAGGUGCAUGAGCAGGAAUUUGAACAGAAUCCUACAGGGCUUAACAGGGAAAGGCUACAAAGGGUACAAGCUGAUCUGAUCAGGUUUUAUGCUAUUGAAGAAAAAAUUUGGAGACAAAAAGCAGGGAUGAAGUGUGCAGGGGGUCCUGAUGGUUUCACAGGAAGAUUUUUCCAAGCUUGUUGGGAAAUUAUUGCAAAUGACUUCCUGACCAUGGUGAGAUCAUUCUUCUGUGGGCAUGAACUCCUAAGCAAAGUUAUCUCAAGAAUCAUUCAUGAAAGACUGAUAUAUCUGCUGCCUAAGAUCAUUUCACCUCAGCAAUCAGGAUUUGUUAAAGGCAGGAGUAUUGUAGAAAACAUUAUGUUGGCUCAGGAAAUUGUACAUGAUAUUAGGAUUAGAAAAAAGCCUGCAAAUGUUGUCAUUAAGCUUGACAUGGAAAAGGCUUAUGACAGGGUAUCAUGGGUAUUUCUAACUAAAGUCCUGAGGAGAAUGGGGUUCGGUGAAUUUACUAUUGAUCUGGUGUUUAGAGUUAUCUCAAAUAAUUGGGCUCUCAAUGCACUGCAUACUGAGGCUGAGUACAAGGAAUAUGGGAUGCCAAAAUGGAGUCCAUAUUCUGUGAGAUUAGUGAUGAAAACUUUAAGUAAUUAUGAGAAGGUGAGUGGUCAGAAGAUCAACAAGCAGAAAAGUGUUGUUUAUAUGCAUCAUUUGACGUCUCAUAACAUUAAGGAGCUGGUAUUUUCUGUCACUCAGAUUCCUAAAAAAGAUUUUCCAUUCACAUAUUUGGGUGUACCAAUUUACUAUGGGAGAAGAAGGAACAUUCACUACAAGGAGAUAAUAGAAAAGAUUCAGAAUAGACUGAGCUCAUGGACUGGUAAGCUGUUAUCUAUUGGAGGAAGGACAACACUGAUUAAACAUGUUUUACAGAUCAUGCCUAUACACCUACUAUCCGCUUGUGACCCUCCUAGUGCUAUACUUGCUCAGAUUCAUAGAUUGUUUGCUAAGUUCUUUUGGAGCAACUCUGUGGGAAAUUCAAAUUUUGAGUGUGAUCCCACAAUCAUCCUUGUAAAAGAAACUGCAGAAGUGGGGCAAUGGGAUGAACAGUUGCUAAGAAGAAUCCUUCCUGAGGAUCUAGCAGACCAUAUUGUGCAGAACAUUAAUCCACCAAAUGAAAAUGGCCAAGCAGAUAAGGCUUUCUGGAAAUUAGAUUCGAGGGGGAAAUUCACAGUUGGAUUUUGGAAGUUCAAGCUACCACUGGAUGAUAAGUUGAAGAAAUGGGGACACCAAUUCCCUUCCAGAUGCUAUUGUUGUCAACAUCCAGAAGUGGAAGAUACCUCCCAUGUCUUUUUACACUCACCAACAGCUCAAGCCAUCUGGAAGUAUUUUUGUGGACCAAUUGGAAUAAAUACUGAGAAUUUGCAAGUACCACAGAACAACCACACCGAAGGAAUACCAACAAGCAGCGAAACACAGUGUAAUCAGGAUGUUGAGAAGUUUUACCAGCAUAAAUUGCAACUGGUUGGAGGCACUUUUGACAAAUGA